AUGGCUCAACCAACCUGCUCCGUUGAGGAGUUCACCCGUACGACAUUCGACUAUGUCAUCUGCGGUGGUGGCACUGCCGGACUCGUCGUUGCUUCGCGGCUUAGCGAGAACCCUGAUGUGACUGUCGGUGUCAUUGAAGCGGGAAAGUAUCGCAUUGGAGAUCCAUUAGUCGAUACACCUGCGGCAUUUAGCCAGAUGUUUGAGAAUCCCGAUUAUGAUUGGUGUUUGUAUACAACUCCUCAGGAAGGUAACCAUGGGAAAAAACAUCAUAUUCCGCGAGGAAAGCUGCUCGGUGGAUCGAGCGGCAUCAACUAUAUGAUGUACGUGCGAGGAUCGUUGCAGGAUUACGAUGACUGGGCGGAACUGGCCGAAGAUGAAGGCUGGUCGGCGGAGAAUAUGCAGCUUUAUAUGCGGAAGCACCAGACCCUCGAGCCGAUCGACGAAACAAUCAACGAUCGCUCCACAAUGCCAUUGCUAGGCCACUUCCACGGAACAAGUGGGCCAGUCCGCACAAGUUUCAACGAUACCUUCAUGCCAAUUGAAAACGACGUUAUCAAAGCCUGCGAAGAAGUCACUGGAAUCCAGAAUAAACCCUCCGACCCCUGGAGCGGAGAUCACAUCGGAUUCUAUCACACCCUUGGUGCGGUCGUUCGGACAGGACCCAAUAAGGGAAAGCGCAGCUACGCAGCACGAGGAUAUUACGAGGCAAACCGGCAAACUCGACCAAACCUGAAAGUCCUCUGCGAAGCCCUCGUCAACAAAGUCGUUCUUGAAGGCAAUAAAGCAACAGGCGUGAGCCUCACCCACGAUGGAGUCGAGUACCAAGUCUCUGCCCGGCGCGAGAUUAUCGUCAGCGGUGGAACAAUCAAGUCCCCACAAAUUCUGGAGUUGUCCGGAAUUGGUGAUCCCGACGUCCUGAAAGCUGCAGGUGUCGAGUGCAAGGUGGCCAACAAGGGUGUUGGCGCAAAUGUGCAGGACCACUCUAUCACCCUGUCUUUGCUGGAGGUGCAGCCAGGUGUCGUCACUCUAGACACCCUGACCCAAGUUCCCGAGGCAAUGGAAGCUGCCGGAAAACAGUACGCUGAGACCCAGGGCGGACCUUUGAGCUGCGUUGCUAGUAUGCAAGGUUUCUUCCCUGCAAAGAAGAUCCUGUCCGAAGCCGAGCUGGCGGAGGUUGUUCAAAGCAUCCGCGAUGUCAAGCCAACUAGCGCAUUCCACGAGAAGCAACUUGCGCAAAUUAUCGCACAUAUCGAAAGUGACCACUCGGCUAACAUGCAACUUGUCACCGUUCCUGCUACAAUGGACCCCCAGGGAGUGGAGCACCAAGGCCAAAUUAUUUCGCCUCCGUCUGCGGACAAGCCUGCUGGAUUGACUUUGGCUUUAUGUUUGCAGUACCCCGUAGCAAGAGGUUCAAUUCACAUUGAAAGCGCAGACCCCACCAAGUCCCCCAUUAUUGACCCCAACUACGCCGGCCACGCCUCAGAUGUCUCUCUUCUCGCCGCCUUCCUUAGAUGGAGCGACCAGGUCGCUGAAAACAAGAAUCUAAAGCCAUCGAUUAUUCGUCGUGCUUUCCCGGAGCCCUCAGUGAAUCUCCAAGACCUGGAUGCUGGACGAAAGGCGGUGCACGACACCAUUGCAGGCGAGUAUCACAUCUGCGGCUCUGUUGCUAUGGGCGAUGCGCUGGAUAGCAGACUUAGAGUCAAGGGUGUUGAGGGUCUGCGCGUUGCCGAUGCUUCCAUUUUCCCAAAUAACGUUUCUGGCAAUAUUGUUAGCAGCGUCUAUGCCGUGGCGGAGAAGGCGGCGGAUUUGAUUCGUGAGGACUGGGACUCUAGCGCUGCCAAGAAGGCUACGGUAUAG